AUGGGAACUGUCAGAGUUGGAGCCCCCAUGGAGCGCAUUGCACUGGAUAUCAUGGGCCCACUCAAUGAGACAGAACGCAAGAACAGUUACAUACUCGUGAUUCAGGAGUAUUUCACAAAAUGGACUGAAGCUUUUCCGAUUCCUGAUGAAAAGGCUGUGACAGUGGCAAACGUUGUUGCAACAGAAUGGGUGUGCCGCUUUGGAAUGCCUCACUCUCUGCACAGCGACCAAGGACGCAAUUUUGAAUCAGAGGUAUUCCAAGAAAUGUGCUGUUUGUUUGGCAUCGACAAAACCCACACUACACCAUUCAGACCGCAGUCCGACGGCCAAGUUGAACGUUUCAACGCCACACUCCAAAAGAUCCUGGCCUCCACUGCGGAACGCUGUCACUGGGAUUGGGACUUGAUGAUCCCAUAUGCAAUUAUGGCCUACAGAGCGACCAAGCACAGCGCUACUGGUUUCACCCCCAACUUCAUGAUGUUCGGCCGUGAAAUAAGUGAGCCAGUGGACCUUGUAGCUGGUUUGCCUCCGAACUCUGACAAUGCACCUUCAGCCCCCGAGUAUGUGCAACAAAUGCGUGAGCGGCUGGAACUGGCUCACAACAUCACCCGAGAAGCCCUCGGCAAGUCAGUCACAUGUGCAAAAAGACAAUACGACAAAAACGCUUGCCACACACAGUACAAAGUCGGUGACGCGGUGUGGUAUCUGAUCAAAGGAACACGUUAUGUCAAAAACAAAGUCAAAAAGUUUCUCCCUGCCUACGAAGGACCUUACUUUGUUAUGGGACAUUUGGACGAUCUAGUCUACCGGAUCCAAAAGAGCCCCAGAGCUAAGGUCAAAGUUGUCCACCAUGAUCAACUCAAACGCUACCGCAGCCGUGAGCCCCUGGACAACACCUGGGUCCCGGACCAAUCCCAGAACUGGACACCUUCUGAGAUCCUUCCACCAGCUGUGGACGGGCACUCUGCAGACCAGGAGGACCUCGGCCUGCACAGCCUCUACUCUACUGCCUCAAGUGACGGCCCCAGCGCCGUCCGGCCGUCCACUCCACCUGCUACUGAAUCGACCAUGAUCGGGGCUCCUCCAUCCACUCCUUCCCAUGUGAUACUUGACCAUGGUGGGGGUGCGGUGGGAGAGCCACACCACCAGUCUCCGCAUGAACCUCGGCCCCAACGUCAGCGCCGAGGACCGGUCCGGUAUGGGGACUGGGUUACUGAGUGA